UUUUAAAAUUGUAGAAAAAUUAAUAUUGAUCGCUCAAGGAAAAUAACUCUUUCAAGAUAGGAGUUAAACGACAUAAUGAUAUUACAGUGAUUCAGCUCGCCCAGUUCGUUAAGCAUCACAACGUCUCUUGUUUAUAGUCAUAUUUUCAUCCGGCUCACUACUUUCGCAACUUAAGAUUGUUUCAAGUUUUCUUUGAUUCUUGAAGCCUUGCAAUUGAGAUAGGUAUAAAAUCGUGUAAGGCAAUAUCUACACGUGAAAACUCGCACUGGUACCUGUUUGACCCAGUAUGACGUCAUGAUUUCAUACCGCGUUCAGAUAACUAAGUAAUAUUGUAACAAUCUCAGCCCGCGGGGGUCUUGGCACUAGGAAAGGGUGGCUCUGGAGAAACAUGAUUUGAUUGGUCACAUUCUUAAACUGAGAUUUCAGGCUAAUUCAACGCUGGUUUCAUACACGAAAACAUCCACUGAUUGAUCUCUAAACAAAUCUGUUCAAUUGCUGCAACUACAGACCUUAACAGAAUUUCACAAACGAAUUUUUCGUGCAAGAAGAAUUCACUGAACUUUGAUUCUCCCCGAAAGCCAGUGUUAGUAUUCCUAAAGGUCUGUUCGUGAUUUGAUCGAGCGGUAUUAUUUGGAGAUUUCAUUUUGUUCUGAACUUUUCUUCACACCGCGAUAGUUUGGGAAGCUGUUUCGUCGUUCAGAAAAUGAACCUGGAAAAGAAACAACGAGACGUCUUUGAUUCUCGUACUUCUCCACCAUAUAUUUACGGCACAUUGGUUGCUUACAUGCAGUCGGUUUGGGUUCGUUACAAUACAAGACAGUCAGUUCAAAGAACAGACAGCACAAUUUAACAGAUAAAACUGGGCUGUUAACAAAACAAACUAAACUAUCCUUUGAGCGGACAGAAGAUUAUUCUGUUGUUUAUUUUUCGUCGCUCCGAGGGCAAAUAAAUAUUCAAAGUUUGUCUAUAGCGGAACUUUUCAAAGACACGUGUGUCCGUUUCAGAAAUUCGUGCGAAAAUGAAUAUAUGAAAUAAACCAUGUGUAGACGGUGGAAAGAACGUGGAAAGAAAUAGAGAUCUCCUCAGUUUUCUUCUUUUGCCAAUAUUAAAUCAAAUGACUACUAAGAAAAUAAGCACGAGUAACAGUAAAUUAAUUUUCCUGGUGAAACCCGGUUUCCUUUUUGUGCCGAUAUGCAUUAAUUAGUUAAAUUAUAACUCUGCAUUAUUCUUAACUGGUACAUUAAACAUACUCAGAUGCAGAUUAUGAAAGGUCCUAACUUUGGUCAACUUUGAACAAACCAAUAUCUUUCAUCAUUUCCCUGUUUUAACUGCUAGUGAAUUUCACGUCCAUCAAAUAGGAGAUUCCGUUCUUGUAAUAUCCGGGGAAAUCAAGAUCAGUUGGCUUGCUUUGAUUAUGCCGGAUGUCACAAAGGUCUUGUCUGAUGCUUGUCAAUUGUUUUCAGUUUCCAUCAUCUAAGCACAUUUUGCGUGGUAGUUUCUGCAAUCGCCGGCAUGAAAAUAAAUUAUUUGUUGGAAAUCAGAGUUUUCCACGGGGCUCAUCGUGAAGUGCCUUGUCGGUCAUCUCCAAAACAAAAACUUCGCGCGGACGUAUUUUAACAUGAUAACAGUAGCAUUCUUGUUUAUUUUUCUACGGUUUAUAGGACACCCAUCCGCCACUGAAAACAAUAUUCUUUGAACAAUUUACGAGCUGCAGUUUCAUUAAGUUUGUGAAGAGUUUCGCUAAGAGUUAGCUUUUCACUCUGGACCAACUUUAGAGAAACAAGGGAAUAUCAUUUCUAAAAAAAGUGGAAUAAGAAUAUAAUUUCUUAGCUCCAGACGGUUCCCACCGGGCAGCUCAGCAUGGCUUGGUGUUUGCGACAAGCUCGCAGUCUCUACAGUUUGAUCCUGCUUGCCUUAUUUGGAAUCUUAGAAAGUACGUCAGAGACAACCGAUCGCGAACAGGGCAUGGGAUUUAUUGAUUGUCCUCACUCGCUUACAGUUCAUUGGAACAAGAUUCUUGCUCGACCUCCUUACGUGGAAAACCUCACCAGCGACUUUGAUGGACUUUUUCCGACUUUCCUUCGUAUAAUGUUGACUGAUUGUUGCCGACUCAGUAGUAAUCUGGUGUACAAUGGCUCAGCGGUAGAAUCAGACUUCCAUCUUCCAGUUAUUAUCAAUCUUGAGGCUGAUUUCAACAUGUCUGGUCAGAGACAUUUCGUUCCCAUGUUGCCCCAGACUGGAAUAGCCUUCGUGGUUGUUAAAAGCACCAAGAGUGAGCAGUCGUGGCGAGUCGUCAAGUCUCUGCUUGCAACUUGGCCUGUUCUGGUUCUUAUACUUAUUUUUUCGUUGCUUGCCGGAAUUAUAGCCUGGUCACUGGAAACCAGAAAAAAUCCAGACAACUUUCCGUCUAUGUUUACAAAAGGCAUCUGGGAAGGUUUCUGGUGGGCCUUUAUAUCCAUGACAACAGUAGGUUACGGAGAUCGUUAUCCAAGGUCAAUUGGAGGGCGCCUGUUUGCAGUGAUGUGGAUUUUGGUGGGAAUGGUUAUAAUUUCCAUUUUUACGGCAGCCUUGACUUCUUCCCUGACAACUCUUUCUUUGGAAACUAAAGUCAAGUUACCCGGAACAAAGGUAGUGGCUCUCGUUGAUUCCAUUGAAAGCAUAACAGGAUUCCAACAGCAGGUCAAACUUACAAGAGUGGAAACAGCACGUGACAUCAAUGAACGUCUUCAAAGUGGUCAAGUCCAAGGAGCAUUAAUGGACGCUUAUUUCUGGAUUCAUUUCAAAAGUAAUUAUCCAACCAAUAACCUAAAAGUUCAGGAAGUAAUUCAACAGAAAAAUUUGGAGUAUGGCGUUCUCGUAAACAAUAACGAACUACUGGCUGACUGCUUUCGUGAAAAGAGGUACAUCCAGGAAUCAGACUUUUACGAGCACGCUGAAGUAUUCUUGGAGCAAUCAUUGUCGAGUGAAUUUGAAAACAAGGACGACAGUGGAGCCAACUUGUUUGAUCCUGAUGGUUUGCUGUAUUUCCCGGUGUUUUUUACAUGCUUGGGAGUGACCGCGUUUUUAAUGAUGAUUGGCUGGGCCUGGGACGUGUACCGUAGAUUCUACUGCCUCGGAUCUAAAAGAGGGCGACUUGAUCUUCUUUCAUUGUCACUAACGAAAACAAGUCUUGACAAGGAUAACAUAAGUCAAGAUAAGCUGCAAGAUCUUGGGAAUAAGAUCCAAGAACUCAACCAAACGUUUCAUGAUCUUAUCAAGAAUGGCAAUCAUGGCAGGACGUUCACAAGAGAUUACAGGGAAACACCUUAGACCUUGCGGAGUAUACACCAAGCUGAAUCUCAGAUACGACAACUUAAGUAUAGAUUGCUAGAUAUACAAAUGAGAUAAUAUUCAAUACAACAAGGUGACGGUAAAGAUAAGCAUGGUUACAGAGAGCCGGAGGGAUCAUUUAAGAUACGAUACGAAAGGAAAACAUAGCGUAGCGCUACAUAACAUAAAUUAAGUAAGAUGAAAUAUGAUACAUGUAGAAUAAGAUAAUAAACAAAUACUAUUCCUUCAAUGCAUGGAAUACCAUGGUGAUAAAAGAAUAAUUUACAAAAGAAGAGUAUGAUGGAUAAGUGAGUUGAACUCCCAUGUAGGCUUUAUUCUCAUGGUAUAUUCCUCUUAACUUAUUUUUAGAUAUGAUAUCCAGUUCUCCCGGGGGUAAUGUCUUCAUGUGAGCUGCGUAGAUUUUUCUUUUGAUGGUGAAAAUACGCGGAAAGUAAAAUGUGCGCCACAUGAUCGGCUAUUUCUCGACCCUCCAGUGACUUUUGAAGUCGGGAGUGAUCUUAAAAUAAGCUUAAUUAAGAGGAGUUGCCUUACGAAUAAGGUCAUAUGGGUGAUUAAUUCUCUCACCCUUCAUCUUCUGUUGCCACCAAGGCACGUGUAGCCGUCUCGGCUAUACUUCAGUGUUGUAUCUUUAAUGAAAUCGUCUUAUUUCACCAAUUUGAAGAGGUGCAGGUCGGUGUUCACCUUGUAUGUUGAAUAGACACUACAUUAAUGGCGCAGAUAUUUGAUUAACAAUCCUUAUACAUCCCAAGCCUCACAUUCACGUCUGGAAACAUAAAUACGAUGCUCAGGGUGUAUGAAGUGUUGUUAUACAAAUUUAGGCGCUAUUUAUGCGAAGUGUCUAUGAUAAAACGUCAGGGAGUGACACAUGUUAAAGCUUACAGCUUGCGGUAAUGUACGAAUUUACUACAACCAAAAGCUGUUAUCAAUAUCACGAUGAUAAAACACGGGAGUAAUAAAAUAAAUAUAGUAAAUUUAAAAUAUAAAAUCUAUUGUUAACACACACCCCUGGGGAUCAAGUCAAAUGUGUAGUUGCGGGAAAGUCCGUUUGUUUGAAGAAGUGCGCUAUAGGUUGGCACAAAAUAGCUGUUGGUAUUCGACAUCAAUGAACUAAAACAUAAACCAGUAUUCCAGUAAACGGUUAGUUUAUUUCAAGAAUAUGAAUAUAAAAACAAAGUUAUAUACAAUAAUGCUUUUUAGAAGGCCGUUCGUUCAUGCUAUCAUUGUAGGAAUUUAUCUUAAAAUAAUUUAAUAAGUUAAGAUGUGAAGUAUAUAUGACAUAAUUCAUAUUUGAACUGCG